AUGAAGUGCACAAUCUAUUUUGCAUUUCUAUAUUUGUUCGGGACAUGCAUAGGAAACCCAAAUGUGUUGCCCUCCAAACCAACGCCAACGGAAAUUUUCGGGAAUAGCUGGCAACUAGACAGUGAUGGAAAUUACUGGUUAUUUUGGAAAACUAAUACAACACAUAUAACGUUCGAGACUCACGUUAAGACUAAGGGAUAUGUCGGCUUCGGUCUUUCAUCCAAUGGUAAAAUGUUUCCAUCUGAUGUUGUUGUUGGCUGGGUUGACAGCAACGGAUCGACUCACUUCAAGGACUGUCACACUGAAGGUCAUUAUUCCCCUAUCGUUGAUGUUAGCCAAGACUGGAUGCUUCUACAGGGACUUGAAGAUAACUUUGGAACAGUAUUAAAGUUUGUUAGGAAGUUAGAUACCUGUGAUGACAAAGACUACCAAAUUACAGAUAAUACUAUCAAGGUUAUCUAUUCGUAUCACCCUGAUGAUCCUGCAUCGUUCAAUACACUGCCUUGGCAUGGUGCAAACAGACGAGGAGCAAAAAGUUUAAUGUUGUUGUCUGCAGUCAAAGACAAUGACUAUCAGUUACCACCUGAUGCUGAACAAUUCGAUAUACUUCAUAACAAUUUUCAUGUUCCAGCCAACACAGAUACUACAUACCAGUGUACAGUUUUUAAAGUUCCAGAAAAAUCUUCGAAGCGCCACGUGAUAAGGUUUGAACCAGUAAUCACCCGUGGAAAUGAAGAAGUCGUCCAUCACUUUGUUGCAUACAGUUGCCCAACUGCUACAGAUAACGAUGUGGGAUAUGUCUUUAACUGCUACGGUACCAAACCAAAGAAAUUUGAAAAAUGCAACGACGUCAUGUUAGCAUGGGCAAUUGGUGGUGUUGGGUUUGACUUUCCUCCCAAUGCUGGAUUUUCAUUGAAUGCACCUGGAGAUCCAAGAUAUCUCAUUCUUGAAACACAUUUCACUAAUCCAACAUUAAAGUCAGGCAUCGUAGAUAGUUCUGGGUUCAGAAUAACAGUUACCCCAACAUUAAGACAGUAUGAUGCAGGAAUGCUUGAAGUUGGUGCAAUGGUUAAUAACUUACAGUUUAUUCCCCCAUACGAAAAAGGAUUUGUAUCAAAAAGUCACUGUCACAAGGAUUGUAUAAAAAUGGCUGUUGGAAAACAGAGAAACAGUUUAAAGGUGUUUGGUGUUCUUCUUCAUGCCCAUUUACUCGGUGCCAAGCUGACAGCACGCCAUUUUCGAGAAGAUAAAGAACUUGAGCCAUUCUCAGAAGACGAUAACUAUGAUUAUGAUUACCAAGAUUUUAGGGCCAUGAAACAGGAAAGAGAGAUUAAAUACGGCGACAGCGUUGCAGUUGACUGUACCUAUGAUUCUUCGUUAAGAACCAAACCGACUGUUGGUGGUUUACCGACUACAUCCGAGAUGUGCUUGGCUUUCUUGUUCUACUAUCCGAAAAUGAAUGUUACGUUUUGUCUCAGUCAACCCAACUAUGACCAAAUAAGCAGUGUUCCUUGGCAUGCUGUAAAACAACUAAACACUUGGGACUGGAAAGAUAAAUCAGUCCGUGACAACUUUAAAGGAAUCGUUGAUAAUUCUACAUACAAUUAUAUCUGCUAUGGGCUAGAUAAAGCAGCUAAUAUACAUUUUCGACAGGGCAAUUUCCAUCUUCCAGAACCAGCGACCAAGUAUGCUCCGCCUCCGAGACACUGUCCAAGUGGUCAUUGAUGUCUUCUACAUUUUCUUAUAAAAAUAAUAUCCGAAUUUUGAUCUGAUUGUUUACUUCAUAUAUUCAAAGAUCUCUUAUACUGACUUUCAACGUGUUAGAACGUUUAUGAAUACAUAUAUACUAGUCUUUUUAAGGUUCUGGCUUCAUUUUGACAAAAGACAAUAUUUUUUUAUUCCCAUUAUGUUAUUUCUUAUGCCUUAUGAGCUGCAUAAAUGAUACUGUGCGUAUGAUAUCAAAUCUUCAAAAAAUAAAAAUAAUCACUAUUGAUAA